GGAUACAUCAUACAUCAUUGAAGGUAGAAACAGAAGAAGCGAAGGUUUGGGAUUUUGGUAACUGAAGCGGAAGAAGAAGAAGAAGAAGAAGAAGAAGGUGGUGGUGGUGGUGCCGGAGGAAGAGGAAGAGGAAUCGGCGGUGUUCAACUCACGAUCGCACCUCAGACUUCGUUUCCGAUCUUGUUCGACAUUGUGUUGUGUGCUUGAUUUGUGUUGUUUUCUUGCUGCUGGAAUUUAUAUAUGGGCUGAGGUGUGCUUUACAUGGGAGGUGUGGAGGAUGAAGAACCAGCUUUGAAACGGAUGAAAUUGUCCUCGAAAGGAUUAGUUGGAUUGUCGAACGGUUCGUCUUCUGUGGAGCCUGUUGGGGGCUUCUUGAGUGAUUCGAUGGCUCGGCCCCUACCGUCCCAUGGGGACGAACAAGUCGUCGGUUCCAAAGGGGUGAUCAAGAGGGAUGAGUUUGUCAGGAUAAUUGCGAAGGCGUUGUAUUCUCUUGGUUACAGAAAGAGUGGAGCUCAUCUAGAGGAGGAGUCAGGAAUACCUUUGCACUCACCUGGGGUGAAUAUGUUCAUACAGCAGAUACUGGAUGGGAAUUGGGAUGACAGCAUAGCUACAUUGCACACAGUUGGUCUGGCCGAUGAAAGCGUUGUUAGGUCGGCUUCAUUCUUAAUAUUGGAACAGAAAUUCUUUGAACUUUUACAUGCGGAAAAGGUCAUGGAAGCAUUGAAGACCUUGAGGACAGAGAUUUCUCCACUUAGUGUUUAUAGCAAUAGAAUUCGUGAACUUUCUUCUUGCAUAGUGUCUCCAUCUCCUAAGCAAGAUAUUUUAGAGGUGAGGUCUCGGUCGAAGCUUUUGGAGCAAUUGCAGAAACUGCUUCCUCCAACAGUGAUGAUACCUGAAAAGAGGUUGGAACAUCUGGUUGAACAAGCCCUCAUCCUGCAACGGGAGGCUUGCCUAUUUCACAACUCAUUGGAUAAGGAGAUGUCAUUGUAUUCAGAUCAUCAUUGUGGAAAAGAUCAAAUACCUUCUAAAACAUUACAGAUAUUAGAAGCACAUGAUGAUGAAGUCUGGCUUGUACAAUUUUCACAUAAUGGGAAAUAUUUAGCUUCAGCAUCAAAUGAUCGAACUGCAAUCAUUUGGGAGGUUGGCAUAAAUGGACUGUCUUUAAAGCAUAGAUUAUCUGGUCACCAGAAAGCUUUUUCUUCUAUUUCAUGGAGUCCUAAUGACCAAGAGCUCCUCACAUGUGGAGUGGAGGAAGCUAUUAGGCGUUGGGAUGUUUCUACCGGCAAGUGCCUUCAAAUUUAUGAAAAAGCUGGUGCAGGCCUUAUCUCCUGUACAUGGUUUCCAAGUGGGAAGUAUAUACUUUCGGGCUUAAGUGAUAAGAGUAUUUGCAUGUGGGAAUUAGAUGGGAAGGAAGUCGAGUCUUGGAAAGGACCAAAAACCCUUAAGAUUUCUGAUUUGGAGAUAACAGAUGAUGGGAAAGAGAUUCUAAGUAUUUGCAAAACCAAUACUAUACUGUUGUUCAAUAGAGAAACAAAAGAUGAGAGAUUUAUUGAAGAGUAUCAGACAAUAACCUCUUAUUCUUUAUCAAAGGAUAACAAGUUCUUGCUGGUCAAUCUUUUGAACCAAGAAAUACAUCUUUGGAACAUCGAAGGUAAUCCUAAGCUUGUUGCGAAGUACAAAGGUCAUAGACGUGCCAGGUUUCUGAUCAGGUCUUGCUUUGGUGGACUGCAUCAAGCUUUUAUUGCUAGUGGAAGUGAGGAUUCACAGGUUUACAUAUGGCAGAGGUGCUCGGGAGAGCUAAUAGAGGCAUUGCCUGGUCAUUCAGGAGCAGUGAAUUGUGUGAGCUGGAAUCCAGCUAACCCUCACAUGUUGGCCUCGGCCAGUGAUGACCGGACAAUUCGGAUAUGGGGCCUUAAUUGUAUGAAUAAGAACUAUCAGAAGAAUGUGCACUGCAAUGGUGUCCAUUACUGCAAUGGAUCGACCUAGAUGACAAACUCAUUUUCAAUUGAUUUCUCUUUCUGUUAUCAUUGCAAUUGUGUAAAUAGCAUUACUAUCACCACAAGUACACAUUCGUAUCAAACAUGCACCUGACUUUUCAUAUAUCUCGUAAUAAAUUGUCCUUUCAUUCA